AUGCGUCUCUCUUUCAUCAUCACGGCUGCCACUGGCCUCUUGGCCACGGCAAUUGCCUCAUCCACCGGCGGCUCCGCUCAGCUUGCUCGCGCAGAUUCCGCCCUCACGUUGACCUCCGCAGACAAGAACGCCAUCAAAGAGCGCGACGUCUCCCUGGCAAUGGCCGAGACCGUCGACAAGCAGGUUGCCACUCGCCAAAAGCAUUCCAAGGCUAGCUGCAUGGCUUGCCUGAUCAUCUGCCCAUGGGGUCCAAUCCUGACUUGCCGCGCUUGCAAGAAGUACUGCGGAAAACUCGCCGCUGAUCUGGGCGACUUGGUCGACGGAAUUCCCACCAUUGGAGGGGACGUCAAGGCCUUGGGCAACACCGAAGAGGAUACCGUCCAUGCCAUCCAAGCGGUCGAGUACAUCACUUGCCUCGGCCAGGGCUUGAUUUCGAACUCGGUUACUGCUAAUGGUUGCGCCGCGAUGAAGCCUGAAACGGAGGGCGAACUCACUGGCAUUUCGGAGCCGUUGAAUGCCGGCUUGACUCAAGUCGCAGCCGAGACUCUGGACAUGCUUUCCGUCCCCGAAGACCCCAAGGAUAUCCGUGACAAGAUCAUCGCGGCUGUGAAGUGCUUCUUAUGCUACACCGAGUGCGUGGCCAAGCCUGAUCUCGUGAAGUGUAGCCAGUGUGGAUUGUGCGAGCUCGGUCUGCAGGUGUAG